AUCUAAGGUAUCGCUUGUUUCGUUAUUUUGGCCGUUGAAAACGCAGACACUUUUUAACAGCACGGCACGGAUCACGUUUGCCUUUACACUACUCGAUCGAUCGAAAGCAAUUUCUUCAAAUGCAAGCUUGUUUCCGAUAACGCCAAGUGUUCGAUUUGCUUCUCGGGACUUUAAAUAUCAUGUAUUGCUUGCGUGUAAUAAAAAAAUGCGUCGGAACACAAAUCCAUAAAUUGCAGAGUCGAGGUCACAGCAAACAUUCGAUCUGAUUUGAUCUCAACAUGAAUUGAGAGAAACUUAUCAUUAUCACCAUUAUUGUUAUUUGAACUUGAAUGGCUUCAGAAGCAGAAUUGUGUGAGAGUGAAAAUGGAGGGCAACAUCUAUUGAUGGCCAAAGAGAGUGGCGAGGACAAACCCGUCCGCGAUCACCUCAUAGUUAUGGUGAAUGGCAUUGGCGGAAGUGCAGGCAAUUGGAAGUUUGCUUCAGAUCAAUUUGUUAAGAAGUUUCCUGACAAAGUUAUUGUACACUGUAGUGAACGUAAUGCAUCAAGAUUGACUUUGGAUGGGGUUGAUGUGAUGGGGGAGCGGCUAGCUGAUGAGGUAGAUACAGUAACAAAAUGCAAUCCAGGAUUAAAAAAAAUUUCAUUUAUUUCUCAUUCAGUGGGUGGCUUAGUAGCAAGGUAUUCCAUUGGGCGACUAUAUGAGCCACCUUCAAGUGAUAAGAUUACAUUGGAACACAAGGAGUUACCAAAUGGAAAUAUUUUUCAAUAUGAUAAGGAACAAUCAAGUGGUAUGAUUGCUGGGUUGGAACCAGUCAACUUUAUAACUGUUGCCACGCCUCACUUGGGCUCUAAAGGAAAAAAACAGGUUCCGUUUCUUUUUGGUCUACCUCUUUUGGAGAAAGUUGCAUGUUUAGGUGUUCAUAUAUUUAUUGGACGGACUGGUCGACACCUCUUUCUCACUGACAAUCAUGAGGGGAAAUUACCAUUGCUUCGUCGCAUGUUGAAUGAUUGUGGUGAUCUUUAUUUCAUGUCUGCUUUGCGAGCAUUUAAAUGUCGAAUUGCCUACUCAAAUGUGGCCUAUGACCAUAUCGUAGGUUGGAGAACUUCUUCAAUUAGACUUGAAAGUCAGUUGCCGAAGCUUCAGGAUCCUAUAGAUGAGAGAUAUCCACACAUUGUAAAUGUAGAAGAUGAGAAUGACAAUAGUCAUAAGCCAAGAUCCCCAGUUUCAAAGGAAGAUCAUUCAGUCAACCCAGAAGAAGCCUUUGUGGAUGUCAACUGUCAGAAGAUGACUCUUGUGACCUGUGUCUGGAAAUUGUCCAAAUCCAGGCAUCAUAGGAAAUGGUGGCAGGCCUCUCAAAGGUAUCUUGGCAGCGAGUUGAUGUCAGUUUUCAAACAAGCAAACAGAGAUUUGAUGCUCAUAGUACCAUUCAGGUGAAAUCAUAUUCGAGUCAUUCAGAUGGUGCUGAUGUGAUAUUUCACAUGAUUGAUAAUUUUCAUAUAUAAAAGGGAGUAGACCUAUUUAUUGAAAGACGAUAUCCGAAAUUAAGUCUGUAAUUUAGAACACAUUUUUUAAAACUACUAAUCAGUAAAGCAUCUUUUGAUUUUCUCCCGAUACAUUUGGCUAGUUACAAAUAUUAUAAUGUAUGCAAUGAUUUGGGUGAUGCCUAUACGUGCCCUCUUUUAUAUGCAUGUCAAGAAAUGACGUAGAGGGGACAUUGUCUAAUUCCUGUAAAAACAAUACCACCUUUGUAACUGUAAUAAUUUAUUCAUUUUUGAUCA